CCGAAUCUCUGGAGUCCCGUUGAACCGGAAAUUGUGUUCACACCUAUCACAACACUGCUCCUAUAUUGGUUUAUCAGAGAAAAAAACGGGCAAAAACGAACCGUCGUACACUUAGGAAAAUAAACAUGGCAGAAUAACGAACAUAUUUGUGUGACAAAGUUUGUCUUUGCGUCAGUUCGUUCGGCAUUAUGGUUCGGCAAACCGUGGGAUUCUUACUGGCCGCUGUCUUUUUUCAAGUGGCCCAAGGCAAAAUCGAUCCGUGUAACAAAAGUACCUGCAUCAGAAAAUGCUGCCCGUUAGGCCAUGCUUUGAUCAACAAAAUUUGUAUCCCAUCGGACAUCCCUUUUAUGAUAAACACCUCUUUUUCGCCAAACUUCCGGUUCGGAUACGAGUGCGGGGAGAACAAAAUUAAAGUGGGACCGAUUCCGGACUUCUUUAUCGACAACACCGGAAAGUUGAGCAUAGUGUACAAUGAGACGAUCAUCGUUAAAGAUUGGUAUGAUUACUGUGUGGACUAUAUAGACAGUUUUGGAUCUGCCAGUGCUAUUGUGUGCGAGGAGGACAGAUCUACUGAGGCUACGUACCUUUAUGGAAUGAUAAUAUCGAUGCCUUUCUUACUUCUAACAUUCCUGGUCUACCUCAUCAUACCCGAGAAGAAUCUACAUCGAAAGGCGUUGAUGUUUUAUGUGAUAUGUCUUCUUCUAGCUUACGUACUUUUGGUUACGAGCAAUUUGUCCAAGUAUAGCUUUCCGGACGUCACUUGUCAUCUGAUCGGUUACUUUAUAAUGUUUUUCUUCCUCGGAUCAUUCCUUUGGAUGAAUGUUAUGUGUAUCGACAUGUGGCUAACAUUUAGUGGGGCGAGAGGAUACGGUGGCACAAGGAGCACUGAACAAAAAAGGUUCUUAUUCUACUGCCUGUAUGCCGUAGGAGUUCCAGCUAUGUUCAUUUUGUUCGUUUUUCUGUUGAACACUUACGGAGACGAGGAAUCGAUAUUUCAUCCAAAACUCGGCCGCAACAAAUGCUUCCUCGAAGAUGGAUACCCACAGUUAUUUUACCUUUACUUGCCGAUGGCCACAUUGAUCGGGAUGAACAUAAUCUUAUUUAUCCUUACUGCGAUCAAAAUACAAAGGGUUAAGAUGGAAACGGCUAUGUUAAAGCAAACUGACAGCAGAAAGCAUAACUAUGAAGGUGAUAAGCAACAAUUCAAUUUGUACCUAAAGCUGUUAUUCGCGAUGGGCGUCAACUGGACCACCGAAGUCAUCUCGUGGGCAGCACUAUGGAAAAUGCAGUCCGUACCGUCAUGGAUAUGGUACCUGACAGAUCUCAUCAAUGCUCUCUAUGGCAUUUUCAUCUUUUCAUCUUUGUUUUCAAGAAGAAAAUAUGGCAAUCACUGAAGAAGAGAUUACUUUGGAAAUCGUCCAACUGUACACUUUCGUCUGGAGUAUCCACACCACAUGUUAGUGAUAUCAAACUAACAUAGCAACGAUCUGUUUUCGUACUACGUGUUCAUUGGAAAACCGCAUCUUGCACAGACGAUGGUCACAUCUCAGAACACCCGGACGAGUCACAUGUCGUCAUCAGAAGUGGGAGACUACAAAAUGUCAGACAUGAGAAAUGGAAGAGCGGAAGAGAGAGCGCUGAGGUCUUGAAGAGAUUUUUGAAGGUUUAUGUGGGAUAUAAUUUCAUCAUGUGCUGUUACAUGUGAAUAUUUUAUUUAUUACGCGUUUUAUACACCCUCAAAGAUCACAAUACUACACAGGAACGCAACUUUCUCAAGGCUCCCCAGUUAUUCCAUAUACCGGGGAUCUCAAAUUCGACUCUCACAAUAAUUGAGAUCUCGGUUAGAGAUAUAAAGUAGCUUAUGGCGGUUGGUCACGGUUCUGUAUGUUGUUUUUCUGUAACCGCUGGUGGUACACAUGAUUUAAUAAUGAUAUUAUGGGUUCUUUACACUUUCUUCAAAAAUUUACGAAUUAUUUUUGAUCUAAUUUUUUGGAUCUUAUUUCCGUGCCUUCCCGAAAAAUAUCAAUGCUACCGAGUUAAACCACGUGUCCACAUGAAGUUAAAGUCUGUUAAUGACAUGAGUCCACUGACAUAAAAUAAAUUGUUUUUUCGGACAAUAUUAUCUGAUAACUUUUCUGCCAACCUUUUUUGUCAUGUGUCAGAUAGCUCAUGACAUGUAAAGAAUAAUAUCCUGUCCACACGUGAAAAAAUUUCUGAGAUCGCUCAAAAAAUAAACGAGAUAAUAAGGAAAUACGAUCGCGGAAAUGUCCACUUCCUAAUAACAAAUAUAGAUACUUUAUAGUUGAAACUGCCCUUAAAUGGGCGCAAUGCUGCACAUUUGGGUAACUGGCGGAAAGUUUCGCGUUUCCGAGAAUUUUCGGAGGGAAAUGGAAAAAACUCAAUUUUCAAAAAUUAAUUUUCAUUUUAUCCUGACUUUUCUACAAAAGGAAUGCAAAACAAAAAGCUACUAUUUCUUUUCUCAAGAUGGCGUAAUUGUAAUUUCAAUAUGGCGAUUCGUUUCUUGCCCACAAUCAUCAACUUCUUUUCUUAUGAACUCCUUACUGGAUUUUUGCACAAGUAAAUAGAAUUUUUAAUUCUGAAUAUGUCGCGAGACCCUCUUUUCAUCGAGAAUUGCAUUGCUGUGUAUUGUUGUGUAUGUUGUGCACCGCAUGCCCCACCUGGCACUCUUUUCUGAGUCACCCGGUAUAUUAAACGACGAACGGUGAGUUCAAUGUUCAAAUGAACUCAUACAAUUUCUUAUCUAUCUAUCUUUGAUAUAAGCCUUUUUACACUUGAUCGCUAAUCGCCAUUUUCGAAUAUAUUCAGUAAGGUAUUUCUCUCAAUAUUAGGUGUUCAAUAAUUUUACAGAAGAAACGUUAUUGUGCCAUAUAGGUGGAUAUUCGUCAGGAUGUCACUUUUUUAUCUUGUUCUUCUUGUAAUUAAUAAUUUAUUGCAGCACAGUUUUAUUUAAAAAUUUGAUGAAAAUAAUCGGACUUAUUUUACCAUGUCUGACACUGUGUGUCUCAGCUGAUGAUAUAAACCAAAGACUUGUGUCAUAAUAAGGAUUAUCCUUUUUGUAUAGCUACUGCUCACAAUGUCAAAUGUCCUUAGCUAUACAGUGUCAAAGACGUUUUCCCUUUCCAUGUGUAAGAGAGAGAUACAGAGAGGGAGAAGCGAGGACGAAGACUCGUUGCCAUUGUUUCUUCUCUCUCUAUUUCUCCCUCCCCUACACAUAGAAAUCUAAAACCUCGUCAGCACUGUAUAUUCACUUAUAUACAAACUAAUUUCGGAGUUUAAUUCUGGUGGGUUAAGGAUAUAUAGUCGAAAUCAGGAAAGAUGACGAUUACAUCAUCAUUUUAGUCUGUAGUAAAAACAAACGACAGCGAUUUGUGAAUAUUUUUAAUGAAGUUUCAGAUAUGUUAGAUAGAGACAAACAGAAUUUUAUUGUCUAAACAAACUGUAUUGCAAAUUUGCAUGUAUCCGACAAAGAUAGAUGAUGUUUUCAUGUUGCAUGAUCGAUCAUAUUUGAAAGAAGAAUAGUUAGGUUAUGUUAUAGCAGGUUAGGUAGUUUUCGAAUAAUACUUUGGUCUUUGGUGUUCCUGUCUUAAGGUAUUUUACUCAUGUUUUUUUUUCCAAAACAGAAACCCCCUACUUAAAUUAUUAUUGAUAUAUCACUCAAAACCAUGAACUAAAUGAAAAUAAAAAUAAUCAGUGAUAUAACCUAACUGCGCAAAAGCAUAAUAUACAUUUUUUGCCAUCAUGCUCCUGACAUCGUGAUUUUAUCAUCGAGGUACUUUCAUUGAUUACUUCAGUACAAUUUAUGGUAUGACGUAAUAGUCAUCUUUCGUGAUUUUGUCUAUAACUGUCUAGAUACGUUAAGACAUAGCCAAAGUGUUUCAAAUUCGCUACGUUGUAUUUGUUUUGGAUACACAGAUUAUUAUGUCUUCCUUUUGAGCUUUCCCAUUUUGCGAGCAGUAUAACUUAAUCCAGUGCUAAAUAUUUUUUAUAUGUAUAUCGAUAUGUAGGAUUAGGUGCUUGUGUACGAUGUUUCAAGGUAUAUUUAUUUCUGAUUGUUGGAACAUGUGACAUAAAGUUCAGUGGUAGAAAUGUCAAGAUGGCGUCUUGUCAAACUGCAGGAACCGCACGACUCUUUUUCACGUUUAGCUUUUUGUACCUAUGUAGAUUUCAAAUUAAGCGGCACUUUCUAAGUGUACUUACGCCUGUGUCUGCGAACUAUAUCAUUUGACAAGAUUGUUGAAAUAAAUUUUUUACAAAACUCA